AUGAUGGGAUAUAGAACUAUGAGCGAUGAUAGCGAUUUUUUAAAUGGCUUUCAAUGGGAACAACUCAUUUCAACAUAUUUACCGAAUUUAUAUGAACUGAAAUUUCGUAUUGCACCAUGGAAGACGAGAUUGAAUAAUCAAUUAAUAGAUUCAUUUAAAACAGAUUUUUGGAUUCAACAUAAAUGGUUUGUUGAUUUUGAUGAUGGCAUACUUUAUACAACACCAUACAUCGUAUUACAUAUUGAAGUAAACGACACAUAUCCUUUUCCAGUGUUACGAUUACUAUUACAUGAAAUGAAAUCAUUGCGAUUUAUUAGUAUUAAAUCAGAUACAUUUAAAUAUGAAGUUGAAGAAAUAUUGGCAUUAUUAAAAGAAGUAUUAAACGGAAUUGAAUAUCAAGUAAACAUAAAACGGGAUAUAUUAUCAAUUUGGUUUUAG